ACGACCUUAUUAGCCCAACUAGCUUAUUAAGACUUCCUAAUGUCCACGAAACAUCAUUGUUGUAGCCAAACCACAUGCCAAAAGCCUUAUACACAAUUGCAGCGCGCUCAUUAUUGCAGGUAAUGGAAUGAAAAACAUGAUUUGAUGAUAAUAUAUUAAGUUGAAGACUACCUUCACAGUCUUCAUACAUGGAACAAAUACAAGAGGUGGAUCAGCGCUUUGCUGGUUUGAAUGCGUCCAGUUCCAAAGUUCAAAAGGGUGUUGCAUACUUGCAUCUAGAUUCAUUAUCCUACAACCUUAUCCUUGAAUCCGACCCUGAAACAUAAUAUGCAAAUAGUAAUUAGACUGAACGUGGACACUUGAUCCAUUUAGCAUGACCAAAUGUGUAGAGUAGUAAUCAGCUCUUGCAACAACUGAACUGAUGUUCAUAAUCUCAUAUUAAAUGAUGUUAGUAACAGAGCUUUUCAUUUGCAUCUAAGUUUGACAAUGAUAGCUUUAUAAUUAAAUCUGUUGAGAUCAUGUAGAGAUUAGUGGGUCAUCGACCUUAAUCUCUAAAAAAUGUGUAAUAAUAUAAGCUUUUACAUCAGAAAUUUUAAUGGAACAUAUAUAGUAUAUAAAAUUUAAUUUGAGUCGGUUUAUUUAUCGCCAAUUGAUUUUAAGUUCAAAACCCGAGAACUUUAACAUAAAUUUAACUUGCAUAAAACUCGAUGCAUUUAUUUUACCUUUCUUAAUGUAUAAUUUUAACAACUCUCGUUUAUAAGGUGUAAUGACUAAUGAGAGGCUCGAACGGCAUUUUUGUUAUGUGAUAAGCCAAGUUUUGACAUGUCAUUAGUAGGUUGACAUCUCAACAAAGAAGGUAGACACAUGAUUGUAACAUACAUUUGUCAACUAACACCAUUCUGAUUCCCAGAGACAAUCAUUUGGCACCUUAUUUUAAUUACUUGUUUAAUGUGUAUUAAAUAUGUUUUACACCUAAGCUUAAUCAUCAAGUGGCUUCUCAUACGGUCAAUACCUAUUGGCUAUUGCCAUCGUGUCGACUUUUAUAUUACGAAGAAACAUUAAAAGCAUCUUUUACGCAUCAAACGUUUUGUUUUAUCGUCUUCAACUCUUGUUCUGAUAAUUUAAGUCCAGGGUAAGCUAGACAGACCAUAACCAACAGACUAAAAAACUAAACUGAACUUUUAUGUAUGUCACAUGUAGUUUCACGAGUUUCAGUUUUGUCUAAAUCUCACAGUUAGUUAUAUUCGGAACAUUAAUACAUCACAUAAAACUUCACAUUUUCAUACAUAUGGAGUUAAUUAUGACAAAAUACGUUCCCCUACAAGUCAAAUUCACACAUGUGAUAUAAGUAAAGUAAUUAAAUCAUAUUUCACAAUAUACAUUAUACGAACUAUCAAAUUAUUAGUAAACAUUAGUUAUCAUAUGUAAUAUUAGUUUUAGAUCUACAAGUAUAUAAUUUUUUCAAAGUAUACACAAUUAUCUAAGAAAUCUAUAAUUAAAUUAAGAUAAUAACAAUGAUACAAAGUGACAAAAAAAUAUACUGAUAUAAAUUUCUAUAAAAAUAUGUUGAAGAUUACCAUAUCAAAUUAAAUAUUCUAAUAUUGCUAAUAUGAAAAUCGUCACUUUUAUAUUUUCUUUACUACUUAAUAGGUAGUUUUCUGGUAUCAUAUAUGCAAAGAAUUUGCUAGUCUUUUUUUAACACAUAAAAGAAUUUGCUAGUCAAAUUAUAAAUCAUUAUAGCUAAUCACUAAAACAGAGAGAAAAUGUUCAUAUUUUUAGAAAUCUUCCAAAUCUGGCAUUCCACACUAAUAACUCAAAAUAUAUUAGUACUAUACUCCCUCUAUUUCUUAAAGAUUGAUGUUUUGGUGUUUUUACACAUAUUAAAAAAAAUACAUUAAUCAUGCAUUAUUUUUUAAAGUGAUCAAAUUCCAAUAUUUUUUUAACCAAUAGUCUUUCAAUAAAUUCAAUUAAUUUUAUUAAAAUUUGUAAUUUUUCUGUAGAAAACAUAAAAACUUUAUUUUUGUGAAACAGUUUUUUUUUCUAUAAGAUGAAAGGAGAGAGUAAUAUUUUAAAUAUAUUAUGGUUUAAAAACUAAUUUAACUGUUUAAGUCGUAAUGACACAGAUUAAAAACAUAACCAUUAUUUGAAUUUCACAAUCAGUUAUAAAUGCCGCCAUAAGUAGACCAAUAAUAAACUAGAAAAAUCCAUAAUCACCUAUUAGUGAAUCUUGACCGUAUUAACUGAAGCCAGUUCUUUUAUCAUUUACGUGGAACAUAAAAAAAUAGCUGGAACGAUAUUUAAGCCACCUGAUAAAAGUUCCAUGAAAAUGAUACUACAUUCUUGCAAUGUUUAUAGAAAACCCCCAAACUUAAAAAAAUGUACAACAACCCCACUUGUUUGAUACGAAACAAACCCAUUUAAAAAAAAAAAUUGCUCCGAAUUGGGAGCAUAGAAGUACCUAAUGACUUCAUUAGACACCAACUUCAUAUGAUUACAUCAACGGUGAUCUUGUUAUAUUAUAUUAAGGGUUUUUGUAAUAAUAUAACAACAUAGGUAAGUUAAAUAAUGCAUAAAUCAUGAAUUUUGUCAAUUAAGAUACUAACAAGCAUUCGCUAAUAAAAAAAUUUAAUGUUGAAUUAUUAGAGUUGAUCAGAGAAUAAUCAUGAAAUUAAAUAUGAUAAUUAAAAUAAUUGGGGGUUCUUUUUGGACAUUUUGUACGAUUUAGGAAACUUACCAAGUUUAGGGGGUUUUAGAGUAAAUGUCGUAUAAAAAAAAGAAAAAAGGGAGAGUUAUCAGAAUGAGCUCUUUCGUCUGCAUCCCCAAGUCUCUCUGCCUUUAUUCAGAGCUUUCUUCGGUCACCGUUCCCUUUGAAAUUAAUUACAAUCACAUUAACUCACAAAACUACCAAAAAGCUUUGAGAAAAGACAACUCUGAAGAUUCACAGAGAGAGAGAGAAGAGAAAAGAAGACAGCUUUGAGUUGCGGUUGCAAAGCAGCAAAUCUGACAGUUUGCAGAAUCAAAAGAGAGAGCAAGGAAUCGAAGAUUUGCUUCUUCUUCUUCUUCUUCAACAGGAAGCAAACUAAAUGCUCAUAGAAAGUUUGCAUUUUCAAGGAGAGAGAGAGAGAGUUGAAUUGAUCUCACUUGGGUCUCUGCUCUUUUGAUCUGUAACGGAACUAGCUUCAGACUUUUGAGGACCUGGGUUUGAUCCUUAAAGCUGAGAUCUUUCUUUUCCUUGAGGAGGGUUCUGCUUAAUCUUCAGUGGUUCAGUUUUAAGACCUUUGUGAGCUUUGAGAGAUUCAUAUGUGAUCACAAGAGACAGCUGGCUGCUCCUAAGGCCCAUAAGUGAAUUGAGGUCUACCGGGUCAGCGUGCAGUGUUGAGUAGUUAGGGCAGUAGAUAUGCCUCCUUCCCCGGCAUUGAGAUGCUCUCCUGGCAAGGAACAUAGACGAGGGCACAGCAUUGAAUAUGGAACACUCUUCAGAGACAAUGACGAAGAAGAUCUUGCCUUGUUUAGUGAGUUGCAAGAGAAAGAAAGAGAUGAUUUCUUGCUUCAGUCUUCUGAUGAUCUUGAAGAUGCAUUUUCUACAAAAUUGAAGCAUUUUUCGGAGUUCACCAUUCCUAUUCAAGGAGAGAGUAGCAGAUUGCUUAGUGCAGAAGAAGAUAAGAACGACUAUGAUUGGUUGUUGACGCCUCCAGACACACCACUUUUUCCUUCAUUGGAUGAUGAACCGCAAGCAACUAGUGUUGGAACACGAGGGAGACCGCAGAGUCAGACUUCUUUAUCUAGAUCUUCAACGAUGGAGAAGAGACGCCGUAGUAGUAAGGGCAGUCCAAGCCCAAACCGCUUAAGCACAUCACCUCGAGCUGACAAUAUGCAACAGCAGAUAAGGGGAAGGCCAUCAUCAUCACGCCAUCCUAGUCCAGCGUCUGGUCAACGAUCAGUUACCCCAGUUAGAAGGAUCUCUCCUUCUCCAGGGAAACCUGUAUCAUCAAGAUCUUCAACCCCAACUUCACGAAGGAUGAGCACUGGCUCAACCACCACGGCGGCACCGCCAGCUGGCAGGGGCACUUCUCCUGUCAGAUCAAGUCGAGGCAACUCAGCUUCACCCAAAAUAAAAGUUUGGCAGUCAAACAUUCCUGGUUUCCCAUUGGAUGCGCCACCAAAUCUCCGAACUUCUUUGGGUGAUCGACCUGCAUCCUAUGUUAGAGGCUCCUCACCAGCGUCAACACGCAGCAGACAGUCUGUUUCUCCGAGUGCGUCAAGAAGUGUUAGUUCAUCUCACAGUCAUGAGGAUCUUCUUCACCCUAUACAGUCUAUUCCUGUAGGUAGCUCAGAACGUGCGGUUUCAAAGAGAGCUAGCCUCUCUCCGAAUAGUAGAAGUUCGAGAUCUUCGAAGUUACAGUCACCUGGUUCAGCACCGAGAAGGCCGUUUGAGUCUGCUCUUCGUCAGAUGGAUCAUCCUAAAAGCCAUCAUAGCAUGUUUAGGCCUCUUGCUUCUAGCCUUCCUAGCACUGGCAUCUAUUCUGGGAAAAGUAGCUCGUCUUCUUACCAUCACCUAAUGUUAAGACAUUCAUCUGCGACAGUUGGGAGCAAUUCUAGUUCUAGCCAAGUUAUAGGGUUCAUGCCAGAUACUAAAGGGAGCGAUUCAAUCCAAUCUGAAGUUGAAAAAUUGGCUUAUCCUGAUAAACAUGGAGAUAUUAUGGAUGUAUUGAAUGAAGGUAGUAGACAUGAGAGUUCUUUCAGUGAUGUGGAUCAAGGUUUUGCUGUUGAAAGCGAGUCUAGUGUGAAUGAGGAGGUCAACCACCAUGUUUCUGAUGUUGAAAACAGUAUGACUCAUGGUAGUCAUCAUAUAGGCAAUGAGUUUUUGGAAGGGGAUGAUCUGGAAACUAUGGAGGUUUGUGGUAGAUGUGGUUCCCAUUACCGUGCCACUGAAGCUACUAGAAGCGAGAUAAAUAUUUGUCCAGAUUGCAGGGAAGAACAUAGUUUCAUGGAAACUGAUUCCCCUGGAACAACAAGAGCUCUUGAUGAAAAUUCACAGUCUCAGGAGAAUUUUGAUGAAAAGGAGUCUAUUGUUGAGAAAACUCCUGCAAUAAGUGUGCUAGAAUCGCUGCCUGUUGCUAUGGUUGAGAUUGAGCAGUGUGAUGAUUCCUAUGAGCAAGAAGAAAAUCAUUUGCAAGAGAGCUCUAUUUUCAGGGCUUUAGGAGAGCAAGAUGAUGAAAUAGAGUCUUCCACUGGCUGUGGUCUAUUAAGUACAGAGACAAAAGAUACUCAAACUCAGCUUUCUGAGAAGGAUCAUGAUGUGAAGAUUGGUUCUUCAGAAGGUAGGAGGGGCCUUCCUAUGCUUAUAAAGAGAUCAGUGAGUAUGAAGUCACCAAUCACUCAAGCUAGUAACUCCAGUGGGUUUACCAGAUCAUAUGAUGGCUUUUCUUAUUUGAGGGAUAAGAGUAUGAGUCUUAGAAGCUCCACAGAAACUACCUCUGCAUCUUCAUCUUGGGAUUAUGGUUCGUCCAUAAGAAAAGGAAGUCAUGUGCGACAUCAAAGCGGGAGUACACUUGACAUGGAGACUCAUAGGUAUGAAACCAACUCCAAGUUCCUGAGCAGCAUGUCAAGCAACGCCUGCCAGGCUCUGAAUGCUGUGCCAGCAGACAGUUUUGAAGUAUUUGCUGCCCAAAUGACAUGUACCAACGAUGAAACUCAUCAAGAAUCUCAUUAUGAACUCAAAGAUCCGAAAUGUAAUGAAACCAAUGUGAUGAAUGGAUCAAUUGGUCUUUCCACCAAUGUAGUUGGUGUCCUAGCAGAGCAUGAUCCAGUUAUAACUGAGAAUGGAUUUUCUGAAAAUAGAGAUGAUGUAGACAAUACUGUGAUGAGCAAAGUGGAGAUAAGCGAAUCACCGGCACAUGUAAGGAACACAUCUGAAGUAGGAGCAUCAACUGCCACUGAUGACUGCUCUCUCUAUGAUCACUCUAAGCUACAAGAAAAGGAUGUGAAUGAAACUCCUCACCACGGUUCAUCCACCACGACAUCCUCAGAAAUAGAGCCGGAGAGUUGCAAAAUUCCAGAGUCAGAAUGCAACGUAAAUACAGUGGAUGAUGACUGCUCAGAGAAGAGUAUGGCACAUGCGUCUGUGGAUCACCACAACUCAUUACCUCCUGUAAACGAAAUUUCAGAUGAGUCAACAGUACUUGUGGAGUGUCCAGGCCAAAAAGAGCCGAAGAGCCUCACGCUCGAAGAAGCCACUGAUGCAAUACUAUUCUGCAGCUCCAUCGUUCACGACCUAGUUUACCAAGCUGCAUCAAUAGCAAUGGACAAAGCAAGGGAUGUGGCGGCAACUGAAGAAGAAGAAGUAUUGCGUCCAACAGUGACAGUUCUUGGAAAGUCGGAUGCUAACAGGAGUAGUUACACAAGCGGUGGUGGAACAAAGACGAAGAAACAGAGUUCCAAAGGGGCCAAAGCGAGUAGGAAGCAAACGGAAACAGAGGAGAACAUAGAGGUACAUAUAGAGAAUGAUGAGAAUGCAGGGGAAGCUGCAAGGAUGAUAAGUAACGUUGGAGUUCCUCCUAGUAAUAAAGCAGAUAAUUUGAAACCUCCUCCUAAGCUGGAGAAUAAAUGCAAUUGCUCUAUUAUGUGAUUUUUUUUUUUGUUUUACUAGUAAAGUUUUUAAUGCCUUGUUCAUAAAGUUUGUAGUUGGUUGUGUUGUUGUUGUUUGGGUAUUUACGUUUGUUGCAGCUAAUUUGUGAGAGAAAAGCACACGAUUUCGGUUGCCUAUUACUAAUGGUGGCAUGAAUUGUAAAGUUUUUAUUUACUUUGGUAUGAUUUGAUUAUUAUUACUAAUAAACCCUUUUACUUUUUUUUA